AUGUGUGUUGAAGUAAGCAGAUCGACGAUUCGUAUCAUUUCUUCGGAUGUUCGACAUCGAAUUUGCGCAGGUCAGAUCGUAAUAACUCUCUCUGGAGCUUGUAAAGAACUAAUUGAAAAUGCACUGGAUGCGAAUGCGACAGUAAUAGAAAUUCGGAUAAAAUCAUUCGGAGUUAUAAGUCUUGAAGUAAUUGACAAUGGAUCUGGCAUCCACUCUUUCGAUUUUGAUUCUCUAUGCAAACCUCAUGCAACUUCAAAAUUAUCAAGCUUAUCGGAUUUUAAUCGACUUGUAACGCUUGGUUUCCGCGGUGAAGCUUUAAAUGCUUUGUGUGCUCUCAGUUCUGUUAUAAUCAUUACACGACAUGCUCUAGAAAAAGUUGGCACAAAAUUAGUUUUCGAUGGGAAUUUAAAAUUCAUCUUUUGCGGACAAUUUUUUUUCAAGAUCGGUACUACGGUCAUCAUCAAUAAUUUGUUUGAAACCUUGCCGGUGAGAAGAAAAGAACUAGAACGUUCAGGCAAAAAGGAGUUCACCAAGCUUUUAUACGCUAUUCAGUCAUUUGCGCUGUGUAGAAAUGAUGUACGCUUCUUAGUUAAUAACGAUAAUAAUGGGAAACACUUUCAAAUACUAGUGACUCCUGGUGAAAAAGCAUCGAUUACUGAUGUGAUGAUAAGUAUGUUCGGAGUUCGAGUGAACAAAAGUUCACUUCUAGAAAUAGUUCGGCGUGUACCAGAUGAAUCCAUCUUUUCUUUAUAUGGUGUUUCUGAGAAGCAAUGUCAUACCAUCGAUAUUAUCAAGAUUCAUGGAUUUAUUAGUUCUUGUAUGCAUGGACAAGGAAGAAGCAGCACUGAUCGUCAGUUUGUUUAUUUUAACAAGCGGCCUGUCGAUUAUCCAAAGCUGUGCAAAAUAGCAAAUGAAGUUUAUCAAACAUAUAAUCAAGGACAAUACUGCAUAUUUAUUUUGUUUAUUGAAGUGCCUCCAGAAUAUCUUGAUGUCAAUAUAUCUCCCGAUAAACGCUCAGUAUUCUUCGAAUAUGAGAAAGAACUUUUUGCUCUUCUUCGUUCUUCGUUACUUGCAACAUUUGAACCUGUUCUAGGGUGCACCCAAUCGUUAAAUGAUCGCUCAAAAAAUUAUCAGAGUGAAAAUUCAAGUGAUACCUUUUUUAUAAAAUUCUUAUAUCAUUUAUGUAGUAUCUCGGAUAGUUCUUUUGAUUUAAACGAUGAUGUUAGAAGAUAUACCCGCACUCAGCAAUCUUUGAAGUUUUCGAUGUCAUUUUUACGAAAGAGAUUGCAAAAGGUGCCCAAUAGAUGUUCGAAAAAUGAUUUUGGAUUAAUGGAGAUAAUUGGUCAGUUUAAUAAAGGUUUCAUUAUUGUUCGGCUUCGUGAUGAGCUUUUUAUCGUAGAUCAACAUGCCAGUGAUGAAAUUUAUAAUUUCGAGCGAUUUCAGAAAAGGGCAAAGAUACAAACACAACGACUGAUAAGUCCGCAAACGCUAGAUAUUGGAUCCGUAAGGGAAUCUGUCUUGCGCGAUAAUAUGGAAAUUUUCAAUUAUAAUGGAUUCAAUUUCAGUUUCAAUGAUAAAUUUUUACAUAAUUGGCAGUUUAAUACUUCCGAUAUUGAUGAAAUGUUAGCAGUGCUUAGUGAAUUUCCUGGAAUUAUGUACAGACCAGUAAAACUUCGACGAUUAUUUGCUUCGCGUGCUUGUAGAAAAUCGAUAAUGAUAGGAACUGCACUUAACACUUCCCAAAUGGAGAAAAUUAUUCGUCAUCUUGGUCGACUGGAUCAGCCUUGGAAUUGCCCACAUGGUCGUCCGACACUGAGGCAUUUAUGUACAAUACAUUACCGAUCUAAUUCAGAAGUUGGAUCUUGUUCUGCACCACACGAAAAAUAA